AUGCCAGGAGAAAAUUCACAGUCAUCCCCCAAAGGAGGGGUGACCUUGACAAAAUUCCUCAUUGCCCAGAGGAAUUUGAAUGUGCCAGCAGAAAAACAGACCCUGGGGAGUAUAUCCCAAGCUCUGACUUCUCUCCAGAUCCUCCGGCUAGACAGGAAGAAAAUUAGCUGCAUCAACAACCUUCAAGGUUUAGAACAGAUCCACAGCAUCUGCUUGCAACAGAAUCAAAUAAAGAAAAUUGAAAACUUAAGCUGCUUUCCCAAUUUGAAAUUCCUAUCAUUAGCUGGAAAUCACAUUAGCAAAGUGGAGAACCUCCAGCCUCUUCUGAAGUUGCAAUUUUUGGAUCUCUCGCAGAACUACAUUGAGACUCUGUACACAGAUGAACUGCCCCAAAGCCUCAUGGUCCUUGACCUGACAGGGAAUAAAUGCAUGAAACAGAAUGGCUACAGGGAGAGUGUGUUGGCUGCCCUACCCCAUCUGAUAGAGCUGGAUAGCCAGGAUGUCCCCAACCAGAGGGCCUCUGUCCAAGAUGACGAUGACGGUUCAGAAGACAGUGACUAUGAGGACUGGCCUGAACUCUCUUGCCCUUUCAGCACAGAAAAAGACUUCUUUGCUGACCUCCAUAAUGAGUUUAGCAGCCGCUCAGCCUGGAGGAGAGAGGAGGCAGUAAGGGAGCACGAGACCCGUCUGGAGGAGCUGAAGCAAAGAGAGAAGCUGAGGGAACUGGUGUUCAACAUAAACCAAGAUAGUCCCAAGACACUGAGUGUAUCAGAACUAAGAACCCCAGCCUCAAAGGAUGACAAGCCCCAAACUGAUGCUAACCCACUUCUAAAAACAAGAAAUCCAGUAUUUUGCACAGGGUCAAAUAUUCCAAAGAGAAAAUCUGAGGGCACAAACCAGAUCCAGAUGAAAUCCUCAAAAGAGGCAUCAAGCUCAGCUAAAACUGCAAGCAAGGGAGUAAAGAAAUGAGUACUGCAUCCUUAAAAAUAACAGUUUUGUAUAAGCUUUAUAUUCUGUCAAUUACAAUGCUUCCUUGGCUCCAAUAGGAAGAUGGAUUAUUGUCCAUCUAUAAGGAAAUAUUGGGUAGUUUAGAAGGAAGCUUCAGUUAGAAAUAAGAAUCCCAACGUAGGCAACAGUACCUCUGAAAAAAGAGUGGGAAUCUUGAGGCCAGCUGCAGGUUUACUUAGGUGUGGCCCCUUUCUACUAAAAUGUAGAGAGACUUGCUCUGUGCUACAAAUAUUCACUGCAUGAAAACUGGUUUAACUAGCAGCUACCCAAAAGAUGCCUGGAGAAUACAAACUUAUGAGGCUGCACCCAGAAGUCUCUUGGCAAGCAUAAACUCAGUUCCAAACCUGACUUGUGAAACCAAAGUGUAAAAAGGGUGGCUGAGAGACGCCCUUUAAAACAGACCCCAACGACUUGAGUCCUCCCAGUCUAGCAGGUUGCAUGUGCUAGAUGGGAACUAAAG